AGUCUUUUUAGGUUUUUUUUUAUUUAAAAAAAAUUAUAAAUAAAUUGUUCGGUCCAUUGCAUGAGGUUCAGCUUUCCUUAAAGCCUGCGUUUUAUAUAGUUUUUGAUACGAAAACAGCUUUUCUUGAAAGAUGGCAGGGGAAGAAAGAAAUCUCUCUGUAUUGGGCUGUGGAGAUCCCAAUGGCAGUGUUUGUAAAAAUACAGGAUGUGAUGAGAAUAAAAAUGAUGGUAUUCAGUUUAGGAGACAAAAUCUUCCUAAGGUGGGCAGAAAGAAGCAUUUGCUUCAGAAGCAAAGGUCAUGUAAUGAACUGUCAAGAGAAGAAGCAUGGCUGAGAAAGAAGGAUCAGGUGGUGUGUGAAAAAGAGAGCAGGGCAGUGAAUAGAAGUGUUUCAGACUGCGGGGACAGAUCAAGGUGUCUCAGGGAUGAAGAUCUGGAGGAGCUUAGGGGAUGCAUUGAUCUAGGUUUUAGGUUUAGCUUUGAUGAAGAUCAUGAUCAUCUCUGCAAUACUUUUCCUGCUUUGGAUUUGUACUAUGCCAUUAAUAGGCAAUUCAAUGUUUCAAAGUCUAAGUCUUCUCCAGAGAGCAGUUCUGUGCAUGGAUCAGAAUCUUGUGCUCAAAGCCCUUCAAGUCCACUCUCUGAUGCAUGGAAAAUUUCUAGUCCAGGUGAAAAUUCUCAGGAGGUGAAGACCAAGCUGAGACACUGGGCACAAUUAGUUGCAUGUUCUGUUCGUGAGUCCUGUUGAGAGGUGCUUCAUUUAUAUACAGUCACAAUGUUUUUGAAAAAUCUGAGGUCUAACAUUAUAGAUUGAUAUAUUAAUAUAGUAGUCCCUUCACAUGUCCACAAUAUUGGGCUUCUUUAGUUUUGUGCUUUAGGGUAGAGGGACUGGUUUGACAGAUUCUCAUAUAUCCAUAAUAUUGGGCUUCUUUAGUUUUGUGCUUUAAGGUAGAGGGACUGGUUUGACAGAUUUGUUUUCAUUUUUUUCCUUGAAGAUUUUAAAGGGUUUUUGGGUCUGGAUCAGGUCUAACAUAAUGAGUGCCUGUUUUGCUUGGGAGGAAACAGUGUUAACAGUGAGGCCACUAAUAGGCUUCUUGAACAACUUGACUAGCAAUCAUUUGGUGUGAGUCUAAUCACAACUAGACAGCUAUUUAUGUAUUUAUAUAACUCAUUUAUAAUAUGAAUAUAUAUAUAACAGACUGAUGAAACAUCAGCAUUUUAAUAAGCAAUGUAAUUUGUUGUGGAAUUCAUACUUUUCUUUUCAGAAUUCUAAUAUACAAUAAUAUUAUUUAA